CCUAAAAUUUAUAGACACAUUCACCUCCAUGGCUAAACCAAUGAUGGGACUCACUGAAAACAACUCAGCCACAUACUUGUCCUCUGGCAAUCCAUGCCUUGACUUGUUCUUCCAUGUUGUCCCUGACACCCCUGCUUCUCAGCUUGUCGAACGUCUCGAAGCGUCAUGGGCUCAUGAUCCAUUGACUACCCUGAAGCUCAUCUGCAAUCUUCGAGGCGUUCGAGGCACUGGCAAAUCCGAUAAAGAAGGGUUCUACACUGCUGCACUUUGGCUUCACAAAAACCAUCCCAAAACCCUAGCAUGCAAUGUGCAUGCUUUUGCUUUGUUUGGUUACUUCAAGGAUCUGUUGGAGAUCAUGUUUCGUGUACUUGAAGGCCCUGAUGCGAGAAGUAUAAUGAGGGAGGAGUGGAAAUCUAUCAAGAGUGGCUCGAGAAGUAAGGGUGUAAAGAGGAAGUUUGAGGAUGGUAAUGAUGGGGAAAAGGAGAAUGCUGAUACUAAAGAGGCCAGGAAGAAGCGGAGAAAAAGAGCGAAGGUGCCUAGAGAAGAGAGGAUUGAGGCCAAUAGGUUUAAAUUGAUGGGAGAGCAACAAAGGGCUAGGGAUUUGAGAAAGGACAAGGAGCUUGAGAGAUCAAAGAAAGCUAUGGAUAUGUAUAAUACUGAUGUGGAUUAUCAGUUCUUGUUUGAGAGUAUUUCAUCUCUUUUCGCGGACUUAUUGAAGGCAGACAUAGAGUUUGUGAAUUCUAAUGAGGCGAAGAAUAUCAGUUUGGCUGGAAAGUGGUGCCCUACUAUUGAUUCUUCCUACGAUAGGUACACGUUGAUAUGUGCUAGUAUCGCAAAGAAACUCUUCCCCUGUGAAUCAGACCCUGAGUAUGAAGGAAUUGCGGAUGAUCAGUAUGUGUUUAGAGUUAGGCAUAGGUUGAGGAAACAAGUUCUUGUUCCGCUUCAUGAGGCCCUCAAGUUGCCUGAGGUUUAUAUGAGUGCAAGAGAAUGGGGAUCAGUUGCUUAUAACAGAGUUGCCUCUGUUGCAAUGAAGAAAUACACCAAUAUUUUCAAGGACCAUGAUGAGGAAAGGUUUACCAAGUAUCUUGAGAAUGUCAAACAGGGGAAAACAAAGAUUGCAGCCGGAGCAUUGCUUCCACACAAAAUAGUCAAGGCUUGUUUGAAUCCUUAUAGUAAGAAUGAGGAAGAAAAGACUGUUGCGGAGCUGCAAUGGAAAAGAAUGGUGGAUGAUGUGACGAAGAAGGGGAAACUAACAAAUUGUAUUGCAGUUUGUGAUGUCUCUGGAAGCAUGAUUGGAACUCCGAUGGAAGUUUCAGUUUCACUGGGGAUGUUAGUCUCUGAGCUAAGCGAAGAGCCUUGGAAGGGACAGGUGAUUACUUUCAGUGAAAACCCGCAGCUUCACAUCAUCAAAGGAGAUACACUCAAGGAAAAGGCUGAAUUUGUUAGGGAUAUGCAGUGGAAUAUGAAUACUGAUUUCCAGAAGGUUUUUGAUCGUAUAUUGGAGAUUGCUGUCACUGCACAGCUGAGCCAAGAGCAGAUGAUAAAGACGGUGUUUGUUUUCAGUGAUAUGGAGUUUGAUCAAGCAUCCGCGAAUCCAUGGAAGACUGAUUACAAAGUGAUUAAGAAGAAAUUCAGGAAAAGCGGGUACAGAGUACCUGAAAUUGUGUUCUGGAACCUCAGGAGCUCGUCUUCAACGCCUGUCAAAGCCACGCAAAACGGAGUAGCUAUGCUCAGUGGAUUUUCAAAGAAUUUGCUGACUCUGUUCUUGAAUGGAACAGAAGAAAUCAAUCCUGAGCUUGUGAUGGAGGCGGCUAUUUCUGGCGAAGAGUAUCAAAGACUAGCUUUAUAUGAUUGAUUAGUAAGUAAUAUCUAAAUGUGUUUAGGUAGUUCAUUCAGUCUUAUUCAUCAUUACUCCAUAGUUUUAAUUCAUCAUGAUUUCUCGCAAGAAGUAUAUUUGCUCUGUAAUAAUCCAUCUCCUGAUGCAAACUCAUGAAUUUUCUGAUUUGGAGAUAUAGGAUUGAUAUCUAUCAGUUAUUUCGAAUUAUGAAGAUGAAACUUGAAGCAUGAAGAUACUGUAACUUCAUGUUAGAAGUA